AUGUCUGAAAAGAAGCAUGACGAACCUAUGGAGUCUGUUCUAUCCCAAACAGACCAAGUCGCUGGGAGUUGUGAAUACUACCACGAUGCAGUCUUUGGAGAGAUGGCAGAAGGCGGGCCGAACUAUCGCAAUGUCGAAUGGCUAGGAACAGCCAUACUCAUGAUGAAGACGCAGAUUGGUCUCGGGGUCCUAUCUAUACCCUCGGCUUUCGAUACCCUCGGUAUAGUUCCCAGCGUACUAUGCCUUGCUGCAAUCGGUGUGAUCACAACAUGGUCCAACCAUAUUGUUGGUGUCUUUAAGCUUCGGCACCGCGAGGUGUAUGGAGUGGAUGAUGUAGGACACCUAAUAUUCGGACUACCGGGAAGGGCUGUUCUUGGGAGCGCGUUCGUUCUGUGGUAUGUCUUCUCGGCCGGUUCGGGCAUGCUAGGCAUCUCAAUCGCCUUAAAUUCCGUCUCCUCUCAUGGGACAUGCACUGCCGCAUUUGUGGCCGUUGCUGCUAUCGCCGCUUGUGCUCUCGGAAGUAUUCAGACACUUGGACGGAUCUCUUGGGUCGCGUGGGUUGGUUUGAUUUGUAUUAUGACCGCUGUCUUGAUUGUCGUUGUCGGCGUUGGCGUCCAAGAUCAUCCAGCAGAUGUACCAGUAGAUAAAGUUUGGGUUUCUGACUAUAAGGUUGUCGGCAAUCCUUCAUUCGCUAGUGCAAUGGCUGCAAUAUGUACAAUUGUAUUUGCCUAUGCAGGAACCCCAGCAUUCUUCUCCAUCGUCUCGGAGAUGCGCGAGCCUCGUCACUACACCCGAGCUCUAGUUAUCUGUCAAUCGAUCGUCUCUGCAUUCUAUUUUUCGAUUGGCAUUGUUGUCUACUACUACUGCGGGUCUUACGUCUCUUCGCCGGCUCUUGGUUCGGCUGGUCCACUCCUGAAGAAAGUUAGCUAUGGGUUCGCGCUACUAGGCUUACUGGCGAGUACUACGCUUUUCAUUCAUCUACCGGUAAAGUAUAUUUUUAUUCGUAUCUUCCAAGGCUCUAGACAUCUGACCGCGAAUACCAUUAUCCACUGGGUAUCGUGGUUCGGGCUCACCUUCGGCAUUACCGUGGUCGCUUAUAUCAUUGCCAGUGCUAUUCCCGUGUUCAACGACCUUGUCUCACUCAUCGGCGCCUUAAUGGGGAUACUGAUGACCUUUCAGCCAAUGGGCUGCAUGUGGCUGUAUGACAACUGGUGCGACGGCAAGAUCGACAAGCCUGUCCAGUGGAAGUUGAUGGUCGCUUGGAGUAUUUUCGUCAUCCUAGCUGGGACUUUCUUGGUGAUCGGGGGUACAUAUGGGUCGAUUUCCAACAUCAUCACUAGUUAUUCGGGGGUCUUUUCAUGCGCCGACAACUCAGUCUAG